UGGGUGGCGAAAAUGCGAUCCCCGGCGAGUACCCACAUAUGGCCGUACUGGGACGGUCCUGCAUCUAUUCGGACGGUGGCGGAUGUGUCGGUGGUUACGAAUGGUUCUGCGGAGGUUCGCUAAUAGCGGAACGCUUCGUCCUGACGGCGGCACACUGCGCACACGUCGGCAUGUCAAAUCCCCCGACCGUGGUACAACUCGGCAGCCGCGAUCUACGCUACCCAUCGCUUAUCGUUGAGGUACGGAUGAUUGUCCAGCAUCCGGGAUAUGGUGGAGUUCUUUCGUACAACGAUAUCGCACUGAUACAGCUGGCAACGCCGGUGACCACCAUCCAACCCGCCUAUCUGUGGACGAGCGAAAAGAUCCCAAACAAUGUACCACUCAUUGCUACCGGAUGGGGUAAACUUGGCCACUUUGAAGAACCGUCCAUGGUACUGCAACGUGUGCAGAUUCCGAUCGUGCCCAACAACCAGUGCAACCAGCUACUGUACCGCAACCGACGCCUGCGCCAGGGUGUGCUGCCCAGUCAACUGUGUGCCGGAGAUCCGCACGGUGGCAAGGAUACGUGCGAAGGUGAUUCCGGUGGUCCCCUGCAGCUGAAGGUUUCCUUCGCUGGUUUGAAGGGAAUAACCGAUCGCUACUAUAUCGUCGGCAUUACCUCGAAUGGUGGUAUCUGCGGGACGGUUAAUCGGCCAGGACUUUAUACGCGCGUAUCGUCCUACAUCGGAUGGAUCGAACGGGAGUUGCAGAUGACAACGGACUAGUGAACCACCAUCGUCCAUCACACCCAGACCCAGUGCCAAAGAUCGUGAAGAAUAUCUUGCCAAAACAUGCCAUUUGCUUCUUGCCUUAUGUGCUGCCUUGAAUGUGUUCCUAAUAGAAGAACUGAACUAUACGUAAAACCAUAAAACGACUGUUGCCGUUGUCCGGAGUAACGAAAAAUCCGUGAAACAAAAAAGAGCAAUCCUUAUUGUAGAGAGGAAUCUUCCCUGCAGACGUUCUCUCUAAACAAAAUGGAGAUUUAGUGGGCAAAAAGUACUUAAUUUUUUAUAUUUAAAUUAUUCAUUCAUCACAAAUUGUUUAUGUAAGCAUUAUAUAGUAUAUUCCAUUUUUAAACUUCAUACUUUCAGGUUGUGUAUUGAGAUAGUGCAAUCCAAAGUAUUUAUAUCAUCUAUUUUUGAUACUUUUGUAAGUCUCUCUGUUGCAAUCUUGCGAACGAUAUUAAAUGUUUAUACAAACUACGUUACAAAGAACGAUACAUGACAUUAUCGUAUAAAAAAAUGCACUUAAAUGCUACAGUAUUUAGAAGUUUCCUUGAGAUCAUUAACGAUAUGUUACAUACCGGUAAACUGACUCAUGUAUGAAGACAAGCAAUGAAAUAAAUUAUGUCUUUAGUGUAUUACAAUUAAUUAUCCAACAGCAGCAUACUACUUAGUAAUAGAUUAUGACAAAAGCAAAAACAUUAUCAGAAAAUGACAACAACAAAACUACUAACAGCGUACAUUAAUGCAACAUGAGGAUUGUAUUGAUAAGUAAAUAUACUGUUCCUGCAUUAAGUUACAGAUCUACAUAGAAAUGGAAGCCUCCAUAGAUGAAUCAUAGGACGGACCAAGAGAAAACGGUUGCUUAUAACCAAGUGAUGGUUUGUAUAUUGCGCCAUAGUGUAAUGUGCCUAAACUUAUGUGCAUUCUCCAUCUUUAUCAUGGAGACGCACGCCUGGAAUGUAAUGAACUACCAGACUUGAUUUUACUUCGUUACCGAAUAUUCAGUUCCUUACCAACUGUUAAGAAUUUUAAUAUGAUUAUCAGUGCAUUUAGGCAUUAAUUGUAGUAAUCUGACUUUUUAUCUGUUUUAAAAAUAAUGUAAUAAAAACAGUGACUUUUAGUUGCAUAAAUUGCAUUUCAAAGUAUCUCGAACAACUACAUAUGCUUGUUUCAAGGGAAAUCGUUCACAAUUAAAAUGUAUUUAUAAAACCUUGAAUGGGUCUAUUCAAGGGUUUAGGUAUCUGCAGCUCCUAUUUUAUAUUCAACUUU